GCGGACCCGCCGGCGAUGCAUGCCGGAAGAUGUAGUCCCGGGCCGACGCAUUAACUCUUGGGAGUUGUGGUCUUCGAUCUGGUAAACAGAAGACGGCAACUCGGUUAAGUCUUCCCCCACCGCCCCCUGAAAUCCCUCGCCCCACCCGCGAGGGACUGGGGUAGGAGUAGGGGCGUUGCCGUGGUUGGCCUCGAACUCCUAGGCUCAGACGAUACUCUCGCCUCGGCCCCCCGAGCAGCUGGGACUACACGCGUGAGCCACCGCCCACGGCAUAAAGUUUGAAUUAGUCCUUACGCAAAAAGGGAAGAGGGCAGUCUGUAAACUCGCGCAGGAUCAAGCUCUCGAGCUCCCGUCUUCGGUUAGCGCGCAGGGCGGAAGCGGGGAGAAGGCGGAUCCGGGAGGCGGGGAUACGUUACGCCGACGCGGGCGUGACCCUGGGCGAGAGGUUUUGGCGGGAAUUCUGAAAGCCGCUGGCGGAGCGCGCGCAGCGGCCAGAGACCGAGCCCUAAGGAGAGUGCGGCGCUUCCCGAGGCGUGCAGCUGGGAACUGCAACUCAUCUGGGUUGUGCGCAGAAGGCUGGGGCAAGCGAGUAGAGAAGUGGAGCGUAAGCCAGGGGCGUUGGGGGCCGCGCGGGUCGGGCGCGUGCCACGCCCGCGGGGUGAAGUCGGAGCGCGCGGCCUGCUGGAGAGAGGAGCGCUGCGGACCGAGUAAUGGCGAUGCAGAUGCAGCUUGAAGCAAAUGCAGAUACUUCAGUGGAAGAAGAAAGCUUUGGCCCACAACCCAUUUCACGGUUAGAGCAGUGUGGCAUAAAUGCCAACGAUGUGAAGAAAUUGGAAGAAGCUGGAUUCCAUACUGUGGAGGCUGUUGCCUAUGCGCCAAAGAAGGAGCUAAUAAAUAUUAAGGGAAUUAGUGAAGCCAAAGCUGAUAAAAUUCUGGCUGAGGCAGCUAAAUUAGUUCCAAUGGGUUUCACCACUGCAACUGAAUUCCACCAAAGGCGGUCAGAGAUCAUACAGAUUACUACUGGCUCCAAAGAGCUUGACAAACUACUUCAAGGUGGAAUUGAGACUGGAUCUAUCACAGAAAUGUUUGGAGAAUUCCGAACUGGGAAGACCCAGAUCUGUCAUACGCUAGCUGUCACCUGCCAGCUUCCCAUUGACCGGGGUGGAGGUGAAGGAAAGGCCAUGUACAUUGACACCGAGGGUACCUUUAGGCCAGAACGGCUGCUGGCAGUGGCUGAGAGGUAUGGUCUCUCUGGCAGUGAUGUCCUGGAUAAUGUAGCAUAUGCUCGAGCGUUCAACACAGACCACCAGACCCAGCUCCUUUAUCAAGCAUCAGCCAUGAUGGUAGAAUCUAGGUAUGCACUGCUUAUUGUAGACAGUGCCACCGCCCUUUACAGAACAGACUACUCGGGUCGAGGUGAGCUUUCAGCCAGGCAGAUGCACUUGGCCAGGUUUCUGCGGAUGCUUCUGCGACUCGCUGAUGAGUUUGGUGUAGCAGUGGUAAUCACUAAUCAGGUGGUAGCUCAAGUGGAUGGAGCAGCGAUGUUUGCUGCUGAUCCCAAAAAACCUAUUGGAGGAAAUAUCAUCGCCCAUGCAUCAACAACCAGAUUGUAUCUGAGGAAAGGAAGAGGGGAAACCAGAAUCUGCAAAAUCUACGACUCUCCCUGUCUUCCUGAAGCUGAAGCUAUGUUCGCCAUUAAUGCAGAUGGAGUGGGAGAUGCCAAAGACUGAAUCAUUGGGUUUUUCCUCUGUUAAAAACCUUAAGUGCUGCAGCCUAAUGAGAGUGCACUGCUCCCUGGGGUUCUCUACAGGCCUCUUCCUGUUGUGACUGCCAGGAUAAAGCUUCCGGGAAAACAGCUAUUGUAUCAGCUUUUCUGAUGGUGUAAACAGGAGACAGGUCAGUAGUCACAGACUAAUCUAAAAUGUUUAUUCCUUCUGUAGUGUAUUAAUCUCUGUGUGUUUUCUUUGGUUUUGGAGGAGGGGUAUGAAGUAUCUUUGACAUGGUGCCUUAGGAAUGACUUGGGUUUAACAAGCUGUCUACUGGACAAUCUUAUGUUUCCAAGAGAACUAAAGCUGGAGAGACCUGACCCUUCUCUCACUUCUAAAUUAAUGGUAAAAUAAAAUGCCUCAGCUAUGUAGCAAAGGGAAUGGGUCUGCACAGAUUUCUUUUUUUCUGUCAGUAAAACUCUCAAGCAGG